UACCCCAUGAUUGUUUGUAGGUCUACUUAAGUUCUCGUCAUCGCCGCAAAUGGCUAUCGACUGUAUUAUCUUACUACCAUAUUUCCUUAUAUCCUAAUCAAAAUGGGUUCCAUUACUUCCGAUCCGGUCCCGCAUCCCUUUGACCCGCUAGAUCAAGAUGAGAUUGCUUCAGCUAUCAAUAUCGUCAAGAAGGCUCAUGGAGAACUCUACUUCAAUGUCGUCUCACUACACGAGCCGCGCAAGGCGGAGAUGACGAAAUGGUUGGCGGAUCCCACCAAUGCCCCUCGCCCGCCAAGGAUCGCAGACACCGUCGUCAUCGCGCCCGGUGGAAAGGUAUACGAUGGAUUGGUGGACCUCGCGUCUGGUAAAAUCACAAAAUGGGAGUUGCUAGAUGGGCUACAACCUAUAAUCACGAUGGAAGAGUUGAGACAAGUAGAAUAUGUCUGUCGAGUGGACCCCAAGGUCAUUGAGCAAUGCGAAAUCAGUGGUAUCCCCAAGGAGGACAUGAACAAGGUCUACUGCGACCCAUGGACAAUUGGCUAUGACGAGAGGCAUGGAAACAAGAUCCGACUUCAACAAGCUUUGAUGUACUAUCGGCCUGAAGUUGACGACUGCCAAUACCAAUAUCCUCUAGACUUCUGCCCCAUAUACGAUGCAGAGCAACAAAAGAUCAUUGCCAUUGACAUCCCGAAAGUAAGGAGGCCGUUAGGCAAGGCUAAGCCGAUUAACUACCAUCCUGCCGCGGUUGAAAAAGCUGGAGGCUACCGAAAAGACCUUAAGCCAAUCAACAUAACUCAACCCGAAGGCGUAUCUUUCAAGAUGAAUGGUCGUGAAAUUGAAUGGCAAAAUUGGAAAUUCCACAUCGGCUUCAACUACCGAGAGGGUAUCGUCCUUAACAACAUCACAUACAACGAUAAGGGAUCUGUGCGACCAAUCUUCUACCGACUCUCCCUGGCAGAGAUGGUAGUACCAUACGGAAAUCCUGAGCACCCCCACCAACGGAAGCACGCCUUUGAUCUUGGAGAGUAUGGUGCAGGAUACAUGACCAACAGUCUCGCGCUGGGUUGUGAUUGCAAGGGAUCUAUUCACUACCUAGAUGCGCAUUUCCCCGCUAGAGACGGCAGCCUCAACACCAUCAAGAAUGCCAUUUGCAUCCACGAGGAAGAUAGCGGCAUAUUGUUCAAGCACAGCGACUUCCGAGAUGAGUCGGUUAUCGUUACACGCGGGCGAAAAUUGAUCAUCCAACAAAUAUUCACAGCAGCCAACUACGAAUACGCGAUCCAGUGGAUUUUCCAUCAAGAUGGUACCAUCCAACCAGAGAUCAAGCUUACAGGUAUCUUGAAUACCUAUAGCAUGGACCCAGACGAGGAUACUAAAGGCUGGGGAACCCAGGUUUACCCAGGUGUCAAUGCACACAACCACCAACAUCUAUUCUGCCUCCGAGUCGACGCCAACGUGGACGGACCAAACAACACAGUCUUCAUGUCAGACGCGGUCGCAUCCGAUGCGCCAGUCGGCAGCCCUGAGAAUUUCUACGGUAACGCAUUCUACGCCAAGAGGACGAAGUUAGAUACUACCGGAAAGGCAGCGACAGACUACAACGGUGCCACAAGUCGCACUUGGGAAAUCUGCAACACAAGCAAAUUACACCCCUACAGCAAAAAGGCAGCGAGCUACAAGCUCGUCAGCCGAGAAGUACCCGGGCUCUUACCUAAGGAGGGUUCGCUCGUCUGGAAGAGAGCCGGUUUCGCCCGACACGCUGUAUUCGUCACAAAGUACAACGACGACCAACUCUGGCCCGCAGGCCGCCACGUCCCACAAACAUCCGGCGAGCCCUCCCUCGGUCUACCAGAAUGGAUCGGAGACGGCAGCGAGUCCGUCGACGACACGGACGUCGUGCUCUGGCACACCUUCGGCGUAGUCCACAUCCCAGCACCCGAAGACUUCCCGGUCAUGCCCGUGGAGCCUAUAACGCUUCUCCUACGUCCGCGGAACUUCUUCGCUAACAACCCGGUUCUGGAUGUACCGCCUAGUUAUGCAAGCACACCGAGCCAAGUCGCUGCCAGCGGAGUCGGGGCUACUGAUGCUGCGGAUCGUAUGAGUAGACUUGCGUUUGGGAAUGCUAAUGGUAAUGGCAAUGGUGCUUGCUGUGCGGGUUCAAAUGGGACGAGUGGCACGAAUGGGGUUAAUGGGCAUUGAGGUGCGAGAUGGUUGGGUAUCUGGGUGGUCAACUUGGGGUUCUUUUCCUGGUUUGUGUCAGUUUCGUGUAGGUGGAUCACCGACUGAAGCAUGGCAAUGUCGUUACACAGCGAUCAUGUCAAGCGGGGGUCGUGUAUACGCAGGGGUAUC